AUGCCUGUGCUCGCUGCUCGCUGGAUAUCUCGUCUCUCUUGCCACCACGAAUCUGUGCCUCUCGCUGCCUGUACACCUGCUGUUGUGGUUCGGAAGUCGUUGAAGUCGUUGGGAGUCGGAUUUGCUGGUUUCGAGUUGAGUGUUGAAGUCAGUGAGAAGGUGGGCAAGAUGAAGAUGAGAGGCAGAGAGGGGAGAGGAGAGGAGAGGAGGGGAGGGGAGGGGAGAGGAGAGAAGCAGGAGAGGGCGGGCGGAGGAGAGGAGGAGCGCGAGGGAGCGAUAGAGGUCGCGGCGACAUUAGAAGGGCGAGCCAUUCCCUAUGACAUCUUUCCAUCAAGCCUGGUCGGCCUCGACUUCAGUAAUUCAGUCCUGAAUCUCGUCUACUCUUCACCAGUUUUCUCAAACCUGGUCGGCCUCGACUUCAGUAAUCCUCGUCCUGAAUCUCGUCUACUCUUCACCAGUUUUCUCAAGCACGGCGUAGGGCGCCUCAAGCAUCUCUGCCACCGCGAGCGGUAUCAUUACGCUUUGUAUCACGAGCAGAGCUGGAUCGCUUCGCGUCCUACCACGAUCCGCCCGGCGACAUGGCAUUGGUUCAGUCGCAUUCGAGAACAACAGCGCGACUCGCAGUCGGAUCAGGCGUGGGGAUUUUCGCGGUCGAUGGGUGGGAUUCAUAGCUGGUAUCAUCGGAGAGCGACUGAUGGAAGAGGCUCGCCGUACGACAGUAUCAAGAGCAAUACAGAGAGCAUCUACAGCGGUAUCUAUCGAUGA